CUAACUUUCCAAAAAGCCCCUUACCAACCUAAACUCAUCAUGCCUCCUAGAAGACAAAAUCCUCCUCGUCAACGAGCUGUUCGAGACAUAGAAAUGGAAGAACUACGUCAACAAAUUCAAAGGCUUCAAGAAAGACUCGAAGCUUUUGAGGGACAACAAGCUCAACACCCGCAAGAUGAACCACAUGAGUCAGAGGAAGAUACUGAUGACGAGAAUCCCUUCCAUCACUUAAGGGAUAAUGAAAGCUCAUCAUCAGUAGAAAGAGUUCGUCGUGGACAACGUCCCCAACAAAAUGCUGCUCCCAAAUCCACUGACCUUGGCAUCAAAAUCGAUAUUCCAGAUUUUGAAGGUCGCCUUCAACCAAAUGAAUUUAUCGACUGGUUGUACACUGUGGAAUGUGUGUUUGAACUCAAGGAUAUUCCUGACGACAAGCGUGUGAAGCUCGUUGCCAUCAAAUUAAAGAAACAUGCAUCCAUUUGGUGGGAGAAUCUCAAACGCAGUCGAGAAAGAGAAGGCCGCAACAAAAUUAGAACUUGGGAGAAAAUGCGUCGGGAACUCACUCGUAAGUUUUUACCUGACCGUUACUACCAAGAUAAUUUUGUUAAAUUUCAUAACUUGCAGCAAAAAUAUUUGACUGUGGAAGAAUAUACUAUGGAGUUCGAACAAUUAAUGAUGAAAUGUGAUGUUCGGGAAAAGGACGAGCAAACCAUAGCUCAAUAUCUUGGAGGGUUGGACUAUGACAUUUCCAAAGUUGUUCAACUUCAACAAUAUUGGAUUUUGGAUGAUGUAAUUCGACUAGCAUUGAGGGUUGAAAAGCAAAUCUCAAAAAAGAAUAUCCCUAGUACUUCAAAACCGUGGGAUUUUGGAGCCAGCAGAGGGACUCAAGCCUCAAAAACUGUUGCUAAGACCCCUGCCAAGACUGAGAAGGAAGUCAGCUCGAGCCGUUCAGCUCAAUCUAACACUCGAAAGUGUUUCAAGUGUCAAGGAUUUGGCCACAUAGCCUCCGAUUGUCCAAAUAGGAGAGUUGUCACCAUUAUCGGAGGAGAAAUUCAUGAAGCCUUAGAAGAUGAAGCAAAAAAGGAGCAAAAUGAUGAAACUGAGUCACCCCAGCUUGAGGAAGAACUCAUCCCAGCUGACCAUGGAGAAUCUUUGGUUGUGCGUUGUAGCCUACAUGCUACCAUAACCAAGGAUGAAGAUUGGCUUCGACAUAACAUCUUUCACACCAGAUGUACUUCUCGAGGGAAAGUCUGCAAUGUCAUCAUUGACAGUGGAAGCUGUGAGAAUGUUGUGUCAAAUUAUAUGGUUGAGAAGCUAGGUCUACCUGUCAAAGAUCAUCCCCAUCCAUACAAGCUACAAUGGCUACGAAAAGGAAACGAGGUAAAAGUAACUAAACAUUGCCUUGUGUCUUUUUCUAUUGGUAAUAGGUACCAAGAUGAAGUAUGGUGCGAUGUUAUUCCUAUGGAUGCUUGUCACUUGUUACUUGGUCGCCCUUGGCAAUUUGACCAAAAGGCUAUCCACGAUGGCCAUGCCAACACCUACUCGUUUGUGAAAGAUGGUGUGAAGGUCAAGCUCACUCCCCUGAAGCCUGAAGAAACACUUGAAAAGAAGGAUGAGGACAAGGCUUUAAUCUCCAGAUCAACCUUUCAGAGGUUGCACCAAGAGUCGGGGAUAGCAUGUCUCCUACUAUUAUCCAAAGUGAAUGAUGCCACCUGCCCUUUUCCAGAAGAAAUUCGAUCUCUCCUUGAAGAAUUUUCUGAUGUUGUUCUUGACGAGAUCCCUCUUGGAUUACCACCAAUGAGAGACAUUCAGCAUGCCAUUGAUUUCAUCCCAGGAUCUGUCAUCCCAAACAAGCCUGCCUAUCGGAUGAACCCUCAAGAGUAUGCGGAACUUCAACGACAAGUCAAAGAACUGAUGGAAAAAGGACUUGUCAAGGAAAGCGUUAGCCCAUGUGCUGUGCCUGUGCUACUCGUCCCAAAGAAAGAUGGAACUUGGAGAAUGUGUGUAGAUAGUCGAGCAGUCAACAAAAUCACUAUCAAGUACCGCUUCCCAAUUCCACGCCUUGAUGAUAUGCUUGAUCAAUUGCAUGGAGCUACUGUCUUCUCAAAGAUUGAUUUGAGAAGUGGUUAUCACCAGAUUCGAAUGCGUCCCGGUGAUGAAUGGAAGACAGCAUUCAAAACUAGAGAUGGUUUGUACAAGUGGAUGGUCAUGCCAUUUGGAUUGUCUAAUGCUCCCAGCACUUUCAUGCGCCUUAUGAACCAGGUAUUUCGACUCUUCAUUGGGAAAUUUGUUGUGGUUUACUUUGAUGAUAUCCUGGUAUAUAGCAAGAAUGGACAGGAGCACCUAGACCAUCUCCGGCAAGUUUUUGAAGUCCUUAGAGAGCAGAAACUUUAUGCUAAUCUCAAGAAAUGUUCAUUCAUCACUACAAGUGUGACAUUUCUUGGAUACAUCAUCACUGCUCAAGGUAUUAAGAUGGACCCCAGUAAGAUUGAUGCUAUUGUUAACUGGCCUACACCAACAUCGAUGCAUGAUGUUCGAAGCUUCCAUGGCCUGGCAUCUUUUUACCGGAGAUUCAUCAAGAAUUUUAGUUCUAUUGUUGCCCCAAUCACUGAUAGCCUUAAGGGUGACAAAUUUUCAUGGAGUGGCAAAGCCCAACGGAGUUUUGAAGAAUUAAAGAGGAAGCUCACUAAAACCUCUGUACUUGCACUUCCCAACUUUGACUUGAUGUUUGAAGUAGAUUGUGAUGCUUCUAAUGUUGGAAUUGGUGCAGUGUUAAGUCAAGAAGGACGACCCAUUGCCUUCUUCAGUGAAAAGUUGAAUGACACAAAGCUCAAAUAUUCCACUUAUGACAAAGAAUUCUAUGCAAUUGUUCGAGCCUUGGAGCAUUGGAGUCAUUAUCUUUUUUCAAAAGAAUUCAUCUUGCACUCUGACCAUGAGGCAUUGAAGCACUUGAAUUCCCAACAGAAGAUCAGUCAUCGACAUGCUGCUUGGAGUGAAUUUCUACAAGCUUAUCCUUUCCUCCUCAAAUACAAAUCUGGAGUCCAGAAUCGUGUAGCUGAUGCUCUGAGUCGCCGACAUGCCUUGCUUACUUCCUUACAGAUGAAAGUCACUAGAUUUGAAGUGAUCAAGGAGUUGUAUGAGGAUGAUCCUGAUUUUAGCAACAUUUGGCAAGCCACUCCUAAUCAAGCCUUUCAGCAAUAUCAUCGCCAGCAAGAUUACCUCUUCAAGGCUGAGUUUGCCUACAACAACUCUUCGAAUCAAGCUACGGGAAAAUGCCCAUUUGAAGUAGUAUAUGGAAUGCGUCCUCUUAGUCCUUUAGAUCUUGCUCCAUUGCCCACAUCCCGACAAUUUAGUGUAGAUGCUGAACAACGAGCUAAGGAGAUCAAGAAACUUCAUGAAGAAGUUCGGGAGAAGCUACAACGUCAAACCAUUAGGUAUAAGGCUCAUCAUGACAAGCACCGAAAGAAGGUUGUGUAUAAAGAAGGAGAUUGGGUUUGGAUACACCUUCGAAAGGAAAGGUUUCCUAAUCGACCUAAUGUCAAACUCUCCCCUAGAGCAGAUGGUCCUUUUCAGAUAGUGGAGAAAAUCAAUGAUAAUGCCUACAAGAUCAAACUUCCAGGUGACUAUGGAGUCUCUGCUACUUUCAACAUAGCUGACCUAUCUCCUUACUAUGAGGACCAUGAACAUUGAACUCAAACUCGAGGACGAGUUUUCUCCAACCAGGGGAGAAUGCACCGGGGGAAAGCACCAGGAAAGUGCACUAGGAUUGCAAGUCAACAAAACUCAAACUACCCUCUGCAGACUCCAAAAUAGGCCGGUGCAAUUUUGUCAAAAGUGGCCACUAAAUUCCACAAAGAUGGCUAACUCCCAACUACAUUUUCGCUUUUCAUUUAUUGCCUUAUGUUAGAUUUUGCCUAUAAAUAGCUAUGUUCCCG